AUCUACAUGGUGGUCGAUGGUAUAUACUGAGACGGAUACGAUACCAGGGUGUCCGCUUAUCGGAGGUAAGGGGAAAAUAGACUCCGACUUCUGUCUAGUCAAAUGGUACCUUUACUACGAUACGCUUUGGAUAUAUUAUCUAAAUUUCUGGCAUUCCCAGGUUUGAAUCUCUCUCAAUUUUAUAGGAACCAGUUAAGCUGGUUAUUGUCUCGCAUUUGCUUACAGACCUCAUAUAUUGAGUAUGGCAUUAUCCGGCCAUAAGUAAAAUCAAUCACAGCAUCCCCCUUUUAGCACCUUAUCCAUGCUUGUAAAUA